AUGGCAAAAAGUCCUGACGACUGGACUCCGUAUCGCAACCGACUAGAGUUUGAGUGUGCGGAUUUUAUAUACACUGAAAACCAGAUGUCCGCUGGUGAUAUCAACAAGAUUCUCUACUUGUGGGGAAUCACUCUCGCUGUUCAUCAUGACAAUCCAUCAUUUGCUGACUACAGGGACUUAUACAAUACUAUCGACGCAACACUGCUAGGCGAUGUUGCAUGGGAAAACUUCUCCCUGAAGUACAACAGCAAUAAACCCACUGGAGAGUGUCCGCUCUGGAUGGAACAGUCAUACGAGGUUUGGUUCCGGGACCCUCAUACUGUCGCCAAGAACAUGCUCGCGAAUCUGGAUUUCAAAGGUGGAAUAGAUUAUACACCCUACCAUGAAUUUCAGGAGAAGGAUGAGCAACACCACUAUAAGGACUUCAUGUCAGGAGACUGGGCCUGGCAGCAAGCAGACGAAAUUGCACAGGACCCACAAACACAUGGUGCAGCUUUCAUUCCCAUCAUCAUAGGCAGCGACAAGACAACAGUGUCCGUCGCUACCGGUCAAAAUGACUACUAUCCUUUGUAUCUUUUGAUUGGAAACAUCCACAAUAAUAUUCAGCAGGCGCAUCGCAAUGCAUUGGCUCUGGUUGGAUUCUUGGCAAUCCCUAAGACGGAAAAAAAGAAUUCAGAUGACAUAAAAUACCGCAAGUUCAAGAAGCAGUUGUCUCACUCCUCGUUGUCGAAGAUCUUUGCCAAUCUCAAACCUGGAAUGACGACUCCAGAAGUCACACGAUGUGGUGAUGGACACUACCGGCACAUUAUAUAUGGACUCGGACCCUACAUUGCAGACUACAAAGAGCAGGUGGUAUUGGCGUGCAUGGUCAAAGAUUGGUGUGGAAGAUGCCUUGCAUUUCCCUCAAAUCUUGAUGAAGGAGGUGUUUCUCGGUCACAUGAACACACCAAUGCGCUUGUGGAUUCUGUUGAUUUUGGUAUACUUUGGGAUGAGUAUGGUAUUAUUGGUGAGUUAGUGCCCUUCACCAAUGACUUUCCUCGUGCUGACAUUCAUGAGUUGCUCGCCCCCGACAUACUGCACCAGCUCAUCAAAGGAAUGUUCAAGGAUCACCUUGUUGAAUGGGUGGGUCAAUACCUCGAACUCAUGCAUGGAAAAACACGUGCCAAGGCAAUUUUAGAUGAUAUUGACCGAAGAAUUGCUGCUGCACCGCCCUUCCCUGGCCUACGACACUUUCUGCAAGGGCGUGGAUUCUCACAAUGGACGGGCGAUGACUCCAAGGCACUGAUGAAGGUCUAUCUACCGGCAAUUGAAGGCCAUGUACCAGACGAUAUGGUUUGGGCAUUUCGAGCCUUGCUAGAGUUCUGCUACAUCGUGCGCACAGAUGUGGUUACGGACGACACUCUCACAGAGCUGAAAGAUGCCCUUAGGCGUUUUCAUACUUACCGUACCAUUUUCCAGACUACCGGUGUCCGUUUUGACAUUUCCCUACCCCAACAACACUCUCUUGUCCACUACGAGCUUCUCAUCCAAAUGUUUGGUGCUCCAAAUGGCCUCUGCUCGUCGAUCAUGGAAUCAAAACAUAUCAAGGCGGUAAAGCAACCAUGGCGACGUUCAAGCAAGUACAAUGCACUCAGCCAGAUGCUCCUUGCCAAUCAGCGCCUGGACAAAGUUGCAGCAGCAAGAGUUGACUUUACGAUGCGCGGCAUGCUCAAAGGGUCUUGCACCUUCAGCUACUACAAUUCAUUUUUUGAGAAUCCCUCAUAUAUUGGCAAUGAUAAUGGAGAUCCAGAGGUCCAACAGAGCCGAGCACGUGCAGGGAAUAACCCCUUUGCUAUUGAGAGCGAUGACUUUGAUGAUGUUGAGGAUCAGGGCAUCGUGGAUGACAUGGAUGUCAUUGCUGAUGUGCAGUUAGCACGGACUUUUCACGAACUUGACAUCUCAUUGUUCCCAACCCUCAUUCGCCUCUUCUUGUACGACCAAAUACAUGCAGAUGACCAUCAUUCCUCUGCCGACGUUCCACUUUGCGACUGUCCAUCCUACAUGGGACCAAUCAAGAUUUUCCACUCGGCCGCUGCAACUUUUGUUGCACCCAGUGAUCCAAGUGGAAUCACUGGCAUGCGCCGUCAGCACAUCUGUGCUGUACCUUCAUGGUGCAAUGGACCAGUCCACUUUGACUGCGCCUUUGUCAACACAGAUGAUAGGCAUGAUGGAAUGUUAAGCAUGGAUGUUGUUCGAAUAUUCUGCUUUUUUUCUUUCACUUUCACUAACGGUCGCACAUAUCCAUGUGCCCUCAUUCACUGGUUCUAUCACAUCACCGAGGAACGAGAUGAGCUCACAGGAAUGUGGAUGGUGGCACCAUCUUUCAACAAAGAUGGCUCUCAUGAUCUGUCAAUCAUCCAUAUUGACAGUAUCAUUCGUAGUGCUCACUUACUCCCAAUAUUUGGUACGCAGUUCGUACCACACGGUCUUCAAUUCUAUGAUUCUCUGGAUGUCUAUCGAGGAUUCUACGUAAAUUGGUUUAUAGAUCACCAUGCUUUUGUGCUGGCAUCUUAG